AUGGCUGCUGCAUUUGUUCCAGCAAUGCAAGGAUCUGCGCCACACCAAAUCGACAUAUCUGACUUAACUUCUUCAACCCUGACUACCCUCGAUGUGAUCUUUCAACACCUCUGGGCACAACUGAAGACAUGCAUGAGGGUAAAUGCACCAUUUAAUGGGGUAAUAGUAGCAGGGCAGAGGGAAGCCAGGAAGUCCCCCUCAGGGGAAAUCGUUCAACAUUAA